UCCACCUUCGCCGCGGUCGGACGCGUCUUUAAUUUUUAGGAUAGUUUAGCAUUUGUAAGCGUAAUAAUUGAAUAUAUUUGUGCUGAGAGCAGAGGAGAAGGUGAAAAGCCGCGUGCCCUGUCUGUUGUACCGUUUGUCUUGUUCACUUUUAUCGUAAUCGCGCGGGUCAGUCGUCCGACUCUCCUCUUUCGUAUUUAACUUCAUUCUAAAACGUAAAACGCAAAUGAAAUAGUUGUUUUAAUAUUGCUGUUGUCGCGUAACAAAUUACCAGUUAAAACGGCCAACACCAAUUUACAUAAUAUUGGGAAAACACAGAAAAAUAAAUAACAAAAGACACACACGAGCUAGCAAAUUGAUAGACGGAGGAUGUGUGUGUGUGUGUAAACAACGAGAUCAAAUAGCGAAAUGCAAAAGUGUUUUUCAAUUGAAAAGCGGGCGACAGAAAAGUGAAAAUUAACGCGAUUGGCGACGUAUUUGCAUUUGGAAACGGAAUCAGUAUAAACCAGUGAAAAUGUCGAGCGCAGAAGAAGGCGAGCUGGAUCCGCAAAUUCAGAUUGAACUGGAGAAUCUCAAUAGUGCUACCGAUGAGAUUAAUAAACUAGAAAUUGAACUAGAGGAGGCCAAUGUCACGUUUCGCAUCCUGCUGAAUGAGUCAACGCGCCGCCUGAAGUUAUCCUCCAAGAAAUUGGGCAACUGCAUAGAGAAGGCUCGACCUUAUUACGAGGCUUUGGAUAAGGCACGCGAGGCACAAAUCGAAUGCCAGCAGGCGGCAGUAAAGUUCCAACGAGCUAAUGAAAUCCAUGCCGCGGCCAAAGAAACGGUGGCCCUUGCCGAGCAGCGUUUUAUGUCCAACUCACACGAAUGGCAGUUCGACAAUGCCUGGCAGGAGAUGCUCAACCAUGCCACACAAAAAGUAAUGGAUGCGGAGACCCAGAAAGCCGACUGUCAUGCUGAGCACCAGAGACGCACACGGCUCUUCCACACAGCCGAGCAAAAACUUCAGCAGCUGGAGGAUCGCUUUCGGCGGAGCAUCAACAAGUCGCGGCCGUACUUCGAGGAGAAGCAGGUGUGCCAAGAUCAGCUGCAGACGCAGAAGAAUCGCAUCCAGGAGCUGCAGCAGCAUGUGGCGGGUGCCAAGAGCACCUACUCCACGGCCUUGCGUAAUCUGGAGAGGAUCAGCGAGGAUAUACACAGGCAGAGGGGCGAUUUUCCCACUCCGCCAGGACCCCGGGAGCCGGGUGUGGGAGCGGAGUUGAACUCGCCGACUUCCAGUGCCCUGCCAUCGCUGCCGGACUUCCAGCUGGAGCUGGAGAAGUGCGACUAUCCCUCCAUAGCAGGCAGUCAGAUGUCCUUGGGUGUGAAAACUCCCCAUGCAGCUGCCGAAACUGAAGAUGAGGAGGACGCCUGCGACUACGAUGAGACGGGAGCGGGCGAACUGAGAGGUGUGGUGGAUGAACGGGACUUGGAGGCCCUACGACAGAAAGUCAAGAUCCUGGCAGUGCGUCCCAUUGAGGGGGGAGAUGGUCAGCAACAGAACGACGUAUGGGAGCAUGAACUCAAGGACACAGUGGAUAAACUGGACCACUUGAUGAUGCUUAAGGAAACGGCCAAGAGGCAGCAAGCAAACCGCUUGAAGUCCACCGAACAGCGACCCGAUUCUCUGGGUGCCGAGGCCCUGAAACGUCACUGCGAUGUGGUCGAGGUGAAGGUCACCACAUGCGCCACCACCGCUAGCUUGCCAGUCACACCCCACCACCAGAUAAAUCACCUUGCACCGCCCACGCCCAUCAAGAAGCUGCAACAGCAGCUGGCGCCCUUGCCCUCAGUGAAUGUAUCCAUGCGGGAGUUGCCCCUGUUGGCCAGGUUAUCCAACGAACUCCUGGAUCGCAGCAGUGCUGCCUUCGGAGGAGUGCGCAAGCAGUUGCGCAGGCGCUCCCUGGAAUAGUGAGCACCACGGGGGCAGUGGAGUUUUUUCCAGCCAGCCCCAUAUCAGAUUUGUUUAUAUUAAAUGAAAUGGAUUGUAAAACGUUAAACGCCGCAUUUAAAAGUGCACCACUCUCAAUAAGUCUACACCUACAUACUAUAUACACCAUCUAUUUUCGUAUAAAUGUUGAAUACAUUCUAAUCUAUUGUCUCCGGAUUUGUUUCUCACUGUUAAUACUUUAACUAUGUAAAUGUUUUGUGAUUCGAGAGAGCAAAAUGAAAAGAAUUGAUUGAUAUGCAAACAAUAAGCAGUUUUAAGUUAAUGUUUAAACCUUAAACUAAAAAACCAAGCAGACUCACUAAUUUAAAUCAAAUGGGCACAUGCACUAAAUAGUUUAGCCUAUAAAUACCACAAAUGGAACUUUAAAUAAAAUAAAAGUGUCGAAAUGUAACGAAUUCAAUUAGAUAAUUAAGUGUGAAACUCUCAAAGAAACAUGUAGUGGAUUGCAAAAUAAUGAUUCAAAGUUAUGAUCGGUGCCCUAGAGUAAGGGAAUAGAAGUAUUUGCAACAUGAUGAAUAAUAUUAAAACUUGAAAUAAUAAUAAAAAUGGCAUUCUAAUUCGA